AUGACAACCGGAGCUCGCGGCAUCGCCGACCCUGAGCUGACGUCCGUCGCGCUGUACACGCCGCUGCCAUGGCCCCUGCGACUGGACGUCCUGCCCUUCUGCUUCUUCUACGUCACAGCUGUGUACCUGUACACGGUGCGACCCGCGGGCGACGUCGUCCCGUGGAUCGUCGGCGCCUGUAGCGUCUUUUGGCACGCGCUGGCGCUGCUCAGUGCCGAGUGGAGCGUCGACGUGCGCUGUUGGAUGUCCUGCGCCCGUUUCUCGUCGGCUGUGGUGGCGCAGACGGAACUGGAGCGCGUCCGACUGCUGGUGAAGGUCGAGCCGUCGCUCGCGAUGGCGCCCAAGCAGCUCUGCGACUGCCACUGGACGCCGAAGCUCGACGAGAACGAGACGGAGAAGACGGUCAAGCUCGAGCCCCUGCCCACGCUAUGGUUCUCGUACCAGAAUGUCAAGUUCUGUCUGUUCGAGGACGUGGGUCGUGUCUCGCGUGGCCAAGACGCUCAGUUCCGUCGGCUUGAGUUCCCCACCUCUGGGACAUUGGGGGCGUACUUGCAGAGCACGGGCGUCAAGUCAAUGGCUGAGCUGCAGUACGCCAUCACCAAAUGGGGCAAGAACGACUGCCAAUUGCCAAUGCCGACGUUCGUCGGGCUGCUGAAAGAACAGCUCGUGGCGCCGUUUUUUGUCUUCCAGUUCUUCUGCAUGCUGCUCUGGUGUCUCGACGAGUACAUGUACUACUCGCUGCUCACGCUGUGCAUGCUCGUGAUCUUUGAGUGCACAGUUGUCAAACAACGGCAGCAAAACUUGGACACGCUGUUGCACAUGCGGCGCGCACCGCAGCCGUGUCUGGUCUUUCGCUCUGGUCGGUGGGUCCAGGUCUUGAGUGACGAGCUGGUACCCGGUGACAUGUGCUCUGUCAGUCACAAUGAUCGUGAUGCUGUAGUGCCGUGCGACUUGCUAUUGCUCCAUGGGGAUUGCGUGGUCAAUGAGUCAAUGCUGUCUGGCGAGUCGAUCCCUCUGCGCAAAGAAGCUGUCAGUGCAUCGAUUUUGAAUGAGGAGGACAUGUUGCAGCACCUCGAGAUUGAUGACGGCUCAUGCAUGAAGCACAGGAGACACGUGCUGUAUGGAGGCACCAAGAUCCUUCAACACACGGCUUCAUCUGGUAAGGACUUGCCGCUAGUAUCUGCACCCCCUGACGGAGGCUGCGUUGGGUAUGUGCUAAAGACGGGAUUUGGGACGACUCAAGGAAGUUUGAUGCGCACGAUUUUGUACUCAUCGCAGCGCGUCACAGCCAACAACUCCGAGGCUAUGUGGUUUAUCCUCCUUUUGCUCAACUUUGCAGUGGCUGCGGCAGCGUUUGUGCUUGCAGAGGGAAUCGACGAUCCAACGCGCAACCAAUUCAAGCUGUUUCUGCACUGUAUUAUGAUCAUCACUUCAGUCGUGCCACCAGAGCUUCCCAUGGAGCUAUCGUUGGCCGUUACCAAUUCGCUAGUUGCUCUGACGAGAAGCAACAUUUUCUGCACGGAGCCAUUUCGGAUUCCUGCUGCCGGUCGCAUUGAUAUCUGCUGCUUUGACAAGACAGGCACAUUAACCAGUGACGAGUUCAUGUUGCAUGGCGUAGCAGGCUUGCAAACGCAUGUUGAGCCCACGAAAGUGAAAAAGCGCGAACUGGAAAUUAUUGCACCGGCGCACUUCCCUCUUGAUACGGAGUUAGUGCUUGCUGGAUGCCAAUCGCUGGUGAUGCUGAACGGGAAAGUCACAGGAGACCCGCUUGAGAUGGUUGCUGUUCGAAGCGUCAACUGGUGCUUGACAAGUCGUGAGGGCGGAGACGGGAGCCUACUUAGCGUGCAGCCAUCUUGGACUUCUGAUCGCCGUGGAAAGCUUCAAGCAGUUGACAUUUUGCACAGUUUUGCGUUUUCCUCAGAGCUCAAGCGCAUGACGACAGUUGUGUGCGUGCGCAAAGCAGAGAAUGAUGAGCAAGACGAGCUGCGCGUUCUUACAAAGGGUGCACCUGAGGUGCUCGAGUCUCUUUUUGCUCACAAGCCUUCGUACUACCGCCGUGUGUAUUGCCAUUAUGCAUCCAAGGGAUGCCGCGUCUUGGCGUUGGGUUUCCGCGUACUGCCAUCCGCUUACACUCCGGACGAACUGCGACGGAAGCCGCGCCAGGAGUUGGAAAGUGCGUUGACGUUCGCGGGGUUUCUGAUAUUGGACUGCCCGCUGAAGGAGGACACAACGCAAACUGUUCGGGAGCUCAUGAUGUCCAAGCACAAGGUGAUCAUGGUAACGGGAGACAAUCCUCUGACAGCGUGCGACGUAGCUCGGCAAGUAGGAAUCAAUGCGGGAUAUUCCAAACAGCCAUUAAUUUUGACGCCGAAUGCGGAGGACGGAUCUGUUCAUUGGAAGUCCAUUGACGACGGCUCGCCUGACAUGGAGGAGGAAGUCAUUCCUUUCGACAUCAACGACGUCGCGAAGAUGCAAGUGCAAUAUGAUAUGUGCGUAACGGGCGAGGCCAUGACAACGCUCUACAAGCAGCAAGAAGAAAAGUGCAAUGACAGCGCGGCUGCACUUGAAGGGUUUCUCACCGCUCUCGAGAAACUAUGCCUUUGCACCACUGUGUUCGCUCGCACGUCACCGCAGCAGAAGGAGCACGUUAUCUUGGCAAUGAAACGGUGCGGCAAAACGACUGCCAUGUGCGGCGAUGGGACUAACGAUGUAGGGGCGUUGAAGCAAGCCCACAUCGGCAUAUCAAUCGUGAACUCGUCCAGCUCUGAGAAUAGGCCCCAUGUGGUUGAUACUGGAAAAACAAGUAGUCAUGGUGCAGGCAUGGCUGGUCUUCGCCAUCGGCGUCAACCUGGUCGUCAAGAACGCUCUGCGAAUGAGCUGCAGCGAACGCGUUACGAUAACGACGGUGCCCAGGUUGUUCGAUUGGGAGACGCUUCCAUCGCCUCACCGUUCACGUCGAAGAGCUCGAGCAUUCGUGUGAUCAAAAAGCUGAUUCGCCAAGGGCGAUGCACACUUGUGACAACCAUUCAGAUGUACAAGAUCCUGGGCAUCAACUGCUUGAUCACGGCGUACUAUCUGAGCUCUCUCUUUGUCCUCGGCGUCAAGAAUGGCGAUCAGCAGCUGACGAUAUCGGGGCUUACUGUCGCGAUGUUUUUCCUGAUUCUGUCGCGGGCAAAACCUGCGCGCAAGCUCUCCCACCAGCGGCCACCGUCGGGAGUGUUCUGCGUGAACGUGAUGGUGUCGAUCUUUGGUCAAUUUUUGAUCCAUUUGGCUUUUCUCGUGGCGGCUCUUCGCGUGGCUCAGCCUUUCAUCGAGCCCGGGGACCCAGCGAUGCAUCCAGAUGGGAAAUUCACUCCCAAUGUGGUCAACAGUACGAUGUUCCUCAUGUCCUCAAUCAUGCAAGUGAACACAUUUGUGGCCAACUAUCGCGGACAGCCGUUCAUGGAGGGAUUCUGGGAGAACAAGCUGCUUCACCGCAGCGCGCUCUUCACCUACGCCGUGUUGGCGAUGGUCGUUGCAGAGGUCUUCACUCCGAUGAACGCCAUGCUUGAGUUGGUGACAAUGCCGAACGAACAGACACGGCUUGCCGUUGCAGCUCUUAUGGUAGGCGACACCAUCAUAACGCUGGCCUUCGAACGGUCUGUUCAGAUGAUCGUCAUGGUAUCUUCGUGA